AAAGCACCAAGACUGCUUAUUCCGCUAAAACAGUAAAUAAAAAAGACCUCUUAUGCUGGAAAAGUCAGAAAGUCAAGUCAGAAAAGAAAGUGCUAACGUGCAGCUCCCAUUCCGAAUCCAAGAGAAACCCUAAGAGAAGACCAUGCUACCAGUCCUAGCUGGCACCGAAGCCAAGGGAAAGCAUUUGAACAAGAGGAAUGAAAGAAGAGCUUAUUCGUAUUCAAUGCUAGCCGACCCAGCCUCCCAGAUCCGCAUCAGCGAGUGGUGUGACGACGACCAAGCCAAUCUUGACAUUUCAAAUAACGAUUUGAAU